GGCGGCCAUCGCAUACCGCAGCCUCGAGCAGACUGAGAACUUGCAGCUUUUAUUGCUGGUCCACGGCAUCUCAAGAUUCGUCAAUUUCGUGGUCGCGGCGACAAGAUGGUACUGCAAGCCAUUCAGUAUGAGCCAGCAUCGGCCUCUUCACCCCCGUCUCUGCGCAUUCUCGACCAGCUUCUCCUCCCCCAUAGGACGACGUACGAGCAGGUUUCCACUUGCGAAGAAGCCCAUGCAACGAUCAAGCAGAUGAAGGUGCGAGGAGCGCCAGCCAUUGCUAUUGUAGCCGCUCUCGCAUUGGCCGUUGAGAUCGGGACAGUAGUUGCGGCAAGGAAACUGCCCAGUUCUGCGGAAGAGGUGAAGGAGUACCUAAGCCAGCGGUUGGACUACUUGAAGACCAGCAGACCCACGGCCGUCAAUUUGGGAGAUGCGGUGGGCAAAUUGAAAAUUGUCGCCAAAAAGGCCACCCUUCAACCGGACGCAACCCCCGACACUGUGGCACAGGCAUAUAUAGUGGCUGCCGAACGAAUGCUGGUAGACGAUGUGUCCGACAACAAGGCCAUUGGAGAACACGGCGCUCGAUGGAUCGAGGAAAAUACUGUGGCAGGGAGAAAAAGAAAACAAGAGAAGAGUCAAGAGCUGCAAGUCCUAACACACUGUAACACUGGGUCUCUUGCAACGGCUGGGUACGGGACCGCUCUUGGUGUUAUCAGAUCUCUCCGGACGGCUGACAUGCUCACUCGGGCUUAUUGUUCGGAAACCCGACCAUAUAACCAAGGGUCUCGCCUGACUGCGUAUGAACUCGUCCACGACCAAAUACCAGCGACCCUUAUCACAGAUUCAAUGGCUUGUGCCUUACUUGCCAAACAGGGAGAUAGACUUGCGGCCAUUGUCGUUGGAGCUGACCGAGUCGCGGCAAACGGCGACACUGCCAACAAGAUCGGGACAUAUUCUCUCGCCGUGCUUGCCCGGCAUCACGGGGUCAAAUUUCUUGUCGCCGCUCCAAGGACCACCAUUGAUCUAGCUACCGCCUCCGGUCAAGACAUUGUGAUUGAAGAGAGAGCGCCGGAGGAAGUCACCAGGAUCAAGGGGCCAAAGGUCACCCCAGAGGGAAAAAUACUUGUUGAUGAAGGUGCGGAAGUCAUCAGCACAGCCGCAAUUGGGAUUGAAGUAUGGAAUCCUGCAUUUGACGUUACUCCUGCCGAGCUCAUUGAUGGAGUCAUCACAGAGGUUGGCGUAGUGGAAAAGGUGGAUGGAAAGUUCGACUUUGGUCCGAUCUUCCAACAGUCUUGACCAAGGGUCGGUCGCAGCACUUCUUACCUCGACAAUGAGGUUUCAACUCCGUUUAAAAGUACGCCGGCCUCUUGGUACGGUGCGGCACUAAGACACUGCUCAGUUGAGACGUUCAAGAAGACGAGUGUCCAGAAAUGGCAUAGCGUGAUGACUAGCAGGACUGUGGUACUGUGGUACUGUGGUAUCUCAGCUCGAAACCGCUCAGUGGGAGUGUUGAAGCGUGAUGGUAUCGAGUUCUCGGAAACCACGGAAACCCUUAUUUUUGUGAUUGGGCCUCUGGUUUUGAAGAAUCGGGUUGGCGUGUGUUGUUCUCCAUGCUCGCCAACAGCUGCUCAAUGCGGCUCUCGAUGCCAUCUAGCUUAGUUUCUAGGGCGGAGGCUGUCCUUUCACCGCUAUAUCAUCGUGAUCAGUUAAAGCCGUAGUGAUGGCGGACAUACGGAGCUGUCCCUUACUGUGCAAGCUCCUGGAAUGCCUUUUGGCCACAAAUAAUGUUACAGUCAGCGGGUACGGAGGACUGAAGAGCAGGCAUCAAAACCGGAUUUUUGCUCACUUUUGCCAUCUCCGAG